CAUCAUUUGGUUUGUGACCUCUGAUCCCUAUUUUAACCUUACCGGACACAAGUCCCUGUAGUAUUAGUUCUAGGGCUGGCCUACCGUUGGGUACGAAUAAUCCAUAAUCCACCAAGUUCUUUUCUCGGAAGGCUUAAGUCGUCGCACGAUACACGCAGAAAGAGCUCAUAAUGUUAUCUUUUUCGAGUCUUGAGAAAGAUUUAGUUUGCUCAGGAGCCGAAAAACCCACCAUCCCUUUCAAAAUAGCAGCACCUGGUAACACUUUGUCGUUCUAGAGCAAACACAGAAGAGAGUGAAGAAGUGCAACCUUUGCCACAGUCGCGCUUGAAAAAGAAAGACAAUGAAUCGGUUGAUUUCUAUCCUCGUCUUGCUGAUGAACAGCGGCGUGUUUGUAUGUGAGUUUUUGAACGUUGUAACGGCAUGUAUUGUCAACAAGGCUCGCCGCCGACGUUGGCCAUGCUAACAGAUAGAAGAUAAAAGACAAAAUUCUGUUCAUUCUUUCACUCCUAUUGUUCUUAAUGCAAUACUUUUCUACGCGAUAAUUUUUGCCCUUUUUCCUUUCCAGUUGCGAGACCAUCGAACGAUCGAUGCAUCGACUCGAUUACUCUGGUAGAAUCGGAGAAGGUGAAUGGGGACAAUUCCAAUGCAAACUAUGACUAUAACAACCAAGGAGUUUGCGGUCCUCGGAGUGACCGUCGAGCAGUCUGGUACGAAAUCAAUGGAGUUGGAAAAGAAGUGACUGUCAACGUAUGCACCAAUAACGACAAGUUGACAGAUUUUGGCAUCUUUCGAUCAUGUAAUUCGCAAAACUGCAAGGGAUUUCCUCCGCAACAAAUGGUGGUUACCGAUUGUGCCGCAGACGAGAGCAAUCAAUAUUCGUUUCUAGCAAAAAAUGGAGAGAGCUAUUAUAUUCAUGUUCGUUCGGAUGUGGUAUUUGAGGGGGAAGGUAGCGACGUAAGUUCGGUUUGAUACCACUCUCACUCGCACCACACCAUUUCGCACAAGGGAGACGCUCACCCAGUCCUUGUGUUUACUCUUUGGUUUUCAUCCGACUUUCUUUACUUGAAUACAUCAGUUCACAAUAUGGUACACGGAAGUA